AUGGCGUCCCAGACUCCACUGGAUGCAUUUUUUGCUGAAUAUCCCGCAUUCGCAUACAAUCCAGCUUCACCUGCUAGAGCUGAAUUUAGCCGCAUGUGUAGGCUCCUCGGCUUCCAAAAGCCUAGUAGACUAUGGGACAUUGCGUACGCACGCUUCAGGGAUGCUCUCACCGAGCAAUUCAACCAUAUAUAUGGGACAGACGUAAAUGACUAUGCAUCGUGGAAGAUGUUGGCUGAAGUCCUGCGGAUAUCUCCCCUGCCAGACACCAUCCCUGGCUGCAGAAAGAAAAUAAAAGGGGUGUUCGUUAACAUCACUGAUCUGGUGGACACACCACGCACCGGAGAAAGUGUAAAGCUAUUCAAAUCGGAAUCGGCGCUAGCCGACUAUACGAUAACAUCAGACAAGUUCUUUCCGCGAGAAGAAGCCAAGGCGGGGGGGAUACUAAAAUUUCUGCUUCGACAGAUCAUGAAUUCUGGCAGCAGGACUCAGAGAGUAAGAGGUCCGGGUCGCUGA